AAUGGCGUCUUCGAGUCGGUCAAAAAAGUUUGGAAAGAUAUUGUUGCCGGUUCAGGAAGUGGAGGCGUUGAUCGGAAAUUUAGAGGGGUUGAUGAUGGCCAGUUUUUUAAGGAGCCAGCGUAUGAGGAGAUGACUUUAGAGGAUUUUCUAGCGAAAGCUGGAGCUGUUACAGAAGAAGAUGUUAGGGUUACGCAGGUUGCGGGGCCAGCGCAAGGUGUUUUUCCUGUCGAUUCAAUGUUGAGUAAUCGAUUUCAGCAACCGCAGCAGCAGCAGCCACAGAUUGAUGGAUCGGUUGCUGUGUUUGGUAAUGGAAUGGAGAGAACAGGAGUAGGCAGGCGGAAGAGGCGAGUGGUGGAGGAGCCGGUUGAUAAGGUUACUCAGCAAAGACAGAAGAGGAUGAUUAAGAACAGAGAGUCUGCGGCUAGGUCGAGAGAACGGAAACAGGCCUACACGGUUGAGCUUGAAUCUCUGGUGUCACAACUUGAAGAGGAGAACACUAUACUUCCCAGAGAGCAGUCCAUGCAUCAGUUGUUAAGUAUGUCUCAUGUGGAGUACACUGAGACACCCACUCGUAGGACACACUGAUGGAAUAUGGAUAACAUUUGAUGUACUUAAAGAGAAUAAUAAAGUUUGUGUCUCCAGAUUUUUGAUUUGCAACUCAGACCACCUAAACUUAGCCAUA